AUGAGUUUGUUCUGUAAUUCGGUUGAGACCCUUUUCCCAAAACCCUUUCUUCCCCUAAAAUCUCACUUCUUUCCCUUCUCCGAUUCAAAAUUCCGAAACCCCAAUUUCGCCGGAUUCCCGCGUCCUCGUCGUCGUCAAUCGCCAAUCAAAUCAUGCCUUAAAUCGGCAUCUUCGUCGGAAAUCGAUAUGGUGAGGAACAAAGAAGGCGUAUUCGCUCCAAAGGAGAAGAAAGUAGUCGUCUUGUGGGACCUCGACAACAAACCGCCUCGCGGUCCACCGUACGAAGCAGCGACGGCUCUCCGACGAGUCGCGGAGAAACUCGGCCGAGUCGUCGAGAUCUCCGCUUACGCGAAUCGCCACGCUUUCAUCCAUUUACCUCACUGGGUCGUCGAGGAGCGCCGCUCGAGGAGGAAUCUCGACUUCGCGGAGCGGAAAGGAGAAGUGAUCCCGAUCGAUCCUUACAUCUGCGGCGUGUGCGGCCGGAAAUGCAAAACGAAUCUCGAUCUGAAGAAGCAUUUCAAGCAGCUUCACGAGCGAGAGAGGCAGAAGAAAGUGAAUCGGAUGAGAUCUCUGAAAGGGAAGAAACGCCAGAAGUUUAAAGAGCGAUACGUUUCCGGGAACGAGAAGUAUAACGAGGCGGCGAGGAGGUUGCUAACGCCGAAAGUGGGAUACGGGCUCGAAGCGGAGCUCCGGCGAGCGGGUGUUCAGGUGAGAACCGUGGAGGAUAAGCCUCAGGCGGCGGAUUGGGCGGUGAAGAGGCAGAUUCAGCAUUCGAUGACACGUGGCAUCGAUUGGUUGGUUCUGGUUUCGGAUGACAAGGAUUUUGCCGUUAUGCUGAGGAAAGCGAGAGAGGCUGAUCUAGGGACGAUGGUGGUUAGUGAUCGGGAUAGAGCUUUAGGACGGCAUGCUGAUUUGUGGGUGCCUUGGAUUGGAGUGGAGAAUGGAGAGAUCGGAGAGGCGGAUUUGGUUCCGGGGAAGAGACGGCGGUUGGAGGAGGAGGAGGAGGAGGGUGGAUUUGGCGGCGGAGAUGGGUUGUUUUCGUUGGCUUAUGAUGAGAAUGAUGGUGAGACGGGAGAGAUGAAGGUGGAGAGUGAUGGGUUUGGGAGGUUUAAUGUGUCUGCGUUUGCAGAAGAUGAAUGGGUUGAGGAUGAAGAAGACGACUUUGCGUUGAGUGAUAGUGAUGAUAGUGAUGAUGAUGAGCUUAGCUUCUGA